UCUGAAGGGUAUCUUCGUGCUGAGCUUGCCCUUUGCCCUGGUCCACUCAGGGUAUGUGGGUCUGGUCCUGCUGGUUCUGUCAGCCUGGGUCUGCAACCACACAGGGAGGAGCCUGGUGGCCUGUUUGUAUGAAGAGGUGCACAGUGAAGGCUCCAGGUUGGUGUCGAAGGUUCGAGUCCGACACAGCUACCAGGAUAUUAUGAAGGCUUGCUGCAAAGGACUCUGUCCAAACUGGUCAGACGUUGGAGGCUGGAUGAUUAAUGCAGCUCAGGUCAUUGAGCUGCUGAUGACCUGCACCCUGUACCUGCUGGUCUCCACCACUCUGCUGUGUGACAGCCUGUCAGGAGCGCCUCUUCCCAGAUCAGUGUGUUCUCUGGUGUCUCUGCUGUUCCUUCUGCCCUGCCUGCUGCUCACUGAUCUCAGACCCGUCUCUGUCCUCAGCCUGCUCUGCUCCCUGGCUCACAUACUCAUAAGGUGA